UAGAGGAAAACAUCGAACAACACAUUUAAAUUUAAACAAUAAUGCUCGAUGCUGGUACAAACUACAGAUGUGGUAAUGAAUUUAUAUUGCUAUGCCCUCCAACCAAUACAAUCUAAGUUGCUCUAAGUUUAUUGGCGAGAGGCACACGACUUUACAGCCCGUAUCGAUACAAUUAAAUAUAGCAAUAAAGAUGUAUAUGUCUCGGCGCCUGAUCUGUCUUAUCUAAUGCACAUUGCAUUUAGUUUUAGUGUGGUUGCGCCACGCAUGCUCCAGCUGCCACAGAAAUAACGUAGAAUAUCGGUCACACAGACUCGAGCGCAGAAUGAACGCAUCGAAUUAAUUGCCGGACGGCGCACCACUAUCGUGGUGGACGUGCCGCGCGCGGACGCUUCCGCUACCACAUUUUAAAAUUAAAAAUAAUAAAAAGCGCGCCAACUUUACUGUCAGUGUCAAACUUACCGCCUAAUUUAAAUUUAUUUUUUUAUUUCAAUUUUUCUCUUGUUGUCGUGGAACAAUAUUUUCGAAAAUAGUGAUGUUGGACCCGAAUUAUGAGAAGCAAAAAUAGUGGGCUAUCAAACAAAGGUCAAAUAUGCGUUCGUGUAUAAUUAGGAAAAUAAUGAUAAGCGAUCGCGGUCGAGUGCAAAUGUCGUCGCUAUCGUACGCGCGCUCUACACCGCUAUGGAGACGUCAAAGCUUAGUUUCGCGGAAUCCCGCGUGUUGAUUCAUACACCGGUUAUCGUGCAGCGGCGGCAAAAUGUGUGAACUAGCAAGUUGGAUUCCGAACGCAGUCGCGGCCACACUGCGCUCCGAGACAGCGCAGCCGAUUAUCGAAUGGCUUACGACAAUACGACUGGCGAUCGAGGAGUACGACCCGUUGGUCACAGUCAUACCGCCCGAACCCGAACCCGACACAGCUGACAACAAGUUCGACGAGAUACUCUCCGACCUCGGCAAGGAGAUCUACAAGCUCGACGAGUACCAGCGCCAUCUAACGCCGUCCGAGAAAGAAGUGUCACUUAGCAUUCUUAACAUAUUCGACGAGUGUUUGGAACACAUGACUGAACAAAAACAAACAAAAACCAGUGAGAGUGAAUGUGAAUCAACCCUGUCGGACGUCUCAUUCGUGACGAGCACUCCGUCUAGUGUAAAAGUGAACAAUAACGUAAACACAAUAUUUGACAACGGUGACGGUACCCCGAUACCGCCGCGGCGGGCUCGUUUAAAAUCCAUCUGUGACAAUUCAAUCUCUGAUAUGGAGUCAAAUAAUCAGGAGAGCGACUCGUCGAGUGACUCAGAGAGCACGUGUUGGAGCUACAAGGAGUGCAGUACGGACGAUAAUGAAGUCAACCCUUACGCCGAAGUGUGGGCCCACUCGACCGGCUUUCACAAUUCCGAUGAAAUAUUACGUCGUGUAUUAUCGCAGCACCACGCCACGAUAUCGCGUCUUUCGUUUGACACGGCGAGCGACUUUAUACCUGCUCGGUAUUCAGUGUACGCGUUGGACGAGGUGGGAGAAUGUAAGGACAGGUGUGUUGACAGUGGCUCAGUAGCAAUGACGCCGGACAAGCCGACGGACGACGGGUACGAGCCGGUGCGGGACGCGAUCACCGACGAGAAUAUUUACGAGGAGAUCGAGUAUGGAUAUAGUUAUACCGACGAGGGAUGUUCCUGCGGUGGUAGUGUUGAAGUGGAAAGUUGUUCGAUCAGUGCUAGUUCCGAUGGUGUGGGCAGAGACAGUCCUUUGUACGCGAACCUGCGGGAUCACGACGCGUACGCGAUCCCUCCGGAUGUUAUUUAUUGGAAGAACUUACUACUGGAUCCGUACUUUAACGACGACGAGGAAGACGAAUGGAUAACGCCGGAAGAAUGUGCAGUGUACAGCAGAGACCAGAGGCCGCCCCUGGUCAUCCCACGCAUCACGCAGUACAGGAACCCUAGACCGAGGGCACAGCCCUUUGGACAAGGGUACCAUGAGGAAGACAUUCCAGAGCAGGGAUCACUUCGAGGCAAAGGAUAUGAGGCUCUCAACAACUGGAGUCCAACAUCGGAGCGGAGUCGACCAGACCUGGACAUUAUGUACAAUAAAUCCAGCUCUGACAGUCCACCUUUCGUCAGAAUUAAUAAGAGAUUGGGAGGAUCUACAGAAAAUCUUCUGGCAAAUGCCAGAAGACCGAGCCACCUGCUCCUGCCAGCUUCCUCGUCGGGUGACAGCCUGGACGUGGAAAUUCGGGAGAGGGAACCUCACGCCAGGAACAGAAAGUCUAGGUCCAUGGUCGCUCCGAAGAAUCGGUUACAGUCUCCCAUUCCCGCUCCCAGGCAUACACUUCAACAAGAGGUGAUCUUAGAGGGGCCAGUCAAACGGACCAAGUUCCUGGAAGGUACGAAGAAGACCAAAAAGAACUGGAUAGACUGCUACAUGGUCCUCACACCUACUGCUCUAGUCUUCUAUAAAGACCAGAGGACGUAUUACUCUUCUUACCAAUGCAGUCUACCAGGAGAAUCGCCACCUCCAACCUUCACGCAUAACAACGCUGACGCCGACAGCCUAGGCAGGACGCCACCCACCGCCCGACACGCCAUCAGGAACAAACACAAAGCUGGAGGGAGUAGCAAUGAAGAUUCGAGCGACUCCACAGAAGUUUCUAUUCAGAAAUCGCAAGUGAGGAGUAAAUUAAGAAAAUUCUUCGCGAAAAGACCACCCGUGGACCAACUAAUGAGGAAGGGAAUCUAUAAAGAUGAGCCAGUUUUCGGUCGGAAUCUGGAGGAGGUGUGUCCGGCUACUAGUCCACGAGUCCCAGAGUUCGUGGUGGCGUGUGUGAAGGAGAUAGAGAGGCCUGACAAUAUGUGCACCGAUGGACUAUAUCGUGCCAGCGGCAACUUGAGCCAGGUGCAGAAGAUACGAUUAGAGGUGGAUCAAAACAAGAUGUCGGUGAUCCAGAACAACACAGACAUCCACGUGCUCACCGGCUCUCUGAAGCUGUUCUUCCGAGAGUUGAAGGAGCCACUCAUACCCUGCUCUAUGUUCGACAGGGUCCUCGCUGCAUGCUUAACCGAAUACAAAGAACAGAACAGAAUGCACACAGCGAACCUAGCAAUAGUCUUCGGGCCCACUCUGCUAUGGGCCCCGCCAGAACAGGCCCACAACAUCGCAGUCGACUGCAUCCAACAAAACAAUGUCGUCGACAUCCUACUUACAGACUUCAAGGAAAUAUUCGUAGACAAUGGAAGCAAAGGAAAAAAGAAAGCGUGAGCGAAACUCUACGGGUAGUGUUGCCAACCCAAAAAUUGGUUAUCCUACCAAAAUAAGUUGUCAGAUGCGAAAAAUCCACUCUAAACAGUAAUAUUUACAUUUCUGUAGCGAAAUAAGUAAGUACUUUAAUAAAUAAAACGAUGUAUUUUCGAUUGUUUCUGCACUUAUUCUGGGGUAGUUGUCAUGUUAAGAUGAUGGAUAACAUCUAAAUAUGACAAUGACCAAUCAUUCCAAAGGGUUUUUGGUGGAAACGCUAGCUAGUGUUAUGUGGAUUGAUAGUGUUAUAGGUACAUAGUGUGAAGGACCUAUUUUGUGUAUAUAGAAGAUUGUAUGAUAACUACAAAUAUUGAAGCCUUAGAGUUAUUCGGUAUGAUCUCUGUUGCUUACAAAAAACCUUAUUUAAUACCUAGUGUUGCGAUUUGAACAGUCUGACGACCAGUUUGAAUAAUCUACCGAUGGACGCCAUAUUUCUGAAUAGGCAAACGAAUUAUUUAUUUUCUCGGUCGUUGGACUUUAAUAAAAUUGUGUUUCAAUUAAAAUAAUCAAAAAAUAUAAUAAAUACUGAAUGAGAGUUGUGAUUGUGAAGCAAUAUGGUACGGAAAGACUGUCCGAGGCUAGAGAUAAAAUAAUAUAUUCAAAUAAUUAUUUACUUUGUAGAUAAAAAAAAAUAUAAAAAUUAAAAAAAAUCCUUCUAUCUGUAUAUAUUUGUGGCAUCGCACACAUUGACGCUAGAUCGACAUUCCGUAGAUCUGGUGAAGAAAUAGUUUCAAACUCCUUGCAUUUUCCUAUGUAGGUACGUUCAUCGACACUACUUAGACCACAUUAGGACGUCGUUAACAAUUUAUUUUAGAAAAACAUCGUAAUAUCUUACGAAUGAUGCAUCAAUGUAUAAAAUUUAUAUUACUACUUAAUUUACGGUGAACUAGUUCGAUAAAACUGUUUAUUUGCUGGGCAAAGGACCUCUUUGCGUACAAAAAAGGUUGUUUUACCUAAAAUAAAUUGUAAAUGAUACUCCAUUGAUGUUUCUAGUAGUGUCUUUGACCAUACAUGGCAUUAUCUUACUCAAUUCUAUUCUAUUAAAUAACAUAGAUCUAAAGUAAGAAAGAUCGAGUUUAGGAGUUAAAACUAUAAGUAAAUACAUCAUAAUAGUAAAUGAUGACGUGUGAUGUAGGGAUUAUAGUUUUAAAAUCAUUAUCAACAGCAUUCGUUUGGGGCCAAUUAUGUAAUUACGAGUCCUAGAAAAGUUGGAGCGAGUAAAGACAAUAAGGGACUGGAUACUUUAGAAAUCAA